AUGUCUGUGUCAAUUCGGUCCGCUCUGAGACAACACAAUGGCGUGAUCCGCUUGAUAGAAGCGCACGAUGGAUUUUCUACAGAAGUCAUUCGGAAUGCUGGUGGAGAUGAUCACUACUUUGAAGGUGUAUGGAUUAGUGGCCUCACUCAAACUACCUACUUGGGGGUUCCAGACACGGAACUUAUAUCUCCUCUCCAUCGAGCAAUUUUGGAGGCGGCAAAGGUCAAAUCCAACUCCACAAACGAACGUCUUCUCUGUGCAGCUUUCGAUGCCGACAGCGGUGGUGAUAUUGAGAACAUCCCAGCUCUUGUGACUGUCCUGGUCAAUGCUGGGAUCUCAAUGGUGAUAAUUGAAGAUAAAGAUCUGAACGCCCCAGGAGAAAAGGUCAAUUCACUAUUAUCCGCGGACGGAUCACAGUUGCAAGCAGAUCCGUUGGAGUUUUCCAAAAGAAUCCAAGCCUUUAGGAAAUGUGCGAUUGGAAGCGAGUUGAUGGUGACAGCUAGGAUCGAGUCUUUCAACGUCCGCAUAAAGAAAAAUGAUCCAACCGAAGACUCUGCCUCUAUCCAAAAGUCCCUUGAGGAUGCACUGUCCCGUGCUGUGAUUUAUACUGAAGCAGGUGUGGAUGCCAUCAUGAUUCACAGCAAAAGCCAUAGUUCCUCUGAGGUAGUGAGCUUCAUGAGACGAUUCCGCGAAAAGAACAGCACAAUGCCUCUUGUAGUAGUCCCAACUACUUACAGCACUACACCACGCACAAGCCUCGUUGAUGCCGGCGCAAAUAUCAUAAUCUAUGCCAAUCAUCUGAUGCGCGCAAAGAUCCAAGCAAUUGAGAUUAUUGCGCAGACUUUGCUGGCUGAGAGUCCGGGCUUAUUUCUCAAGGAUGAAGAAGCAAAGGCAUGCCUUGAAGCUCAAAACUACGGCUGCCUCCUGCGAAUCUUACUCGAUCGGGAUUUUGAAAAUGGAAAGAACGAAGAAGUGAAGCAAUUUCUUGUUGCUGCACAGAAGGGCGCCAUUGAGAACAUGGGAGCGACUGUUGAAGAACUAGCUCUAGGAACUCAGUCUGGAUGCGAGGCUGAUGCGCGGAUUAUUCCAGUGAAGCGAUUGUUAGGUAUCAAUGCGAUCCAGGUAGCGACAGUCUAG